AUGUCAAGAAUCCCCGAUUACAGUAGGUUCAUAGGUUACAGGUGUGUUGAACUCCACUUCGUUGCACUUCGUUACGUUCAACUGUUUAUAGAUUACAGUAGGUUUAUAGGUUACAGGUGUGUUGAACUCCACUUCGUUGCACUUCGUUACGUUCAACUGUUUAUAGAUUACAGUAGGUUUAUAGGUUACAGGUGUGCUGAACUCCACUUCGUUGCACUUCGUUACGUUCAACUGUUUAUAGAUUACAGUAGGUUUAUAGGUUACAGGUGUGUUGAACUCCACUUCGUUGCACUUCGUUACGUUCAACUGUUUAUAGAUUACAGUAGGUUCAUAGGUUACAGGUGUGUUGAACUCCACUUCGUUUCACUUCGUUACGUUCAACUGUUUAUAGAUUACAGUAGGUUCAUAGGUUACAGGUGUGUUGAACUCCACUUCGUUUCACUUCGUUACGUUCAACUGUUUAUAGAUUACAGUAGGUUUAUAGGUUACGGUAUGUCACAUCGAGCAGUACAUAUAGAAGCAGCUGUGUAUGUCCAACUCUUCCACUUAAAUCUCCUGGAUUUAUAA